UGCUUUUUUUAUUCACUCGUUUUCAACCCCAUUUUCUAUCGUUGGUGAAAUUGCUCAGUACGCGAGCAGUCAGCCCACGAGACGAGAGUGCAUCUCCAAGAAGGAUCCCUCGAGCGAACGAUCCAUGCUACGAGCGACGGCAGCAACUCCGUCCGUACAGUGAGAAUGUGUUUUGACAAAUGAGAUCCCACAAACAGUGUUUUACGACGACGACGACGGCGGCGAUGAUGAUGAUGACGGCGAUGACUGUGCUAGAAGAUGGUGGUUAGGUUGUGUAAUUGAUGCCGCCACCAAUCGUCGCUGCCGCUCUACCAAUCGCAUGCCCGUGGGACAUUUAUUAUGUGUUCCCCUUCGCGAACCCCUCUCAAACUGUGGCUGUGUGUUUGUUUAGGAGAACAAGCGCAGGAAAACCCAACGCUGCUGAAGAGCAGAAAAAUGUGAGGGUGAGAGAACGAUCUCCCCCCGCGCAUUUCGGUUCGGUUUGGGUAUUUUUUUGUGUACGGGUUUCCUAGGCUGGGCCAAACACGAAACACGUCUCAGUUAGUGAUCGUGUCGAGGGCAGCAUAGGGAAAAACGCCACGCCAGGAGAGCACAGCGUCUAGCGCGAGAGCCAACAUAAAUCGGGAGCAUAAGCUCGCGUAGGGGGGUGAUGCAUAGCGUUACAAGAAACAAACAUUUCAUCAAAUUUCGUUCAAUUGUUCCCGCAGCUCGCGACGAUAGUGUGUCGAUCGUUGGAGGCGAGCACGCGUGCCGACCGCCAUUGAGUUUUUCGCCCUCAGUUUUGCAACGCGCUUUUGUUCGUCGGGUUAUGCUUAAGGUGUGGAAAAGCGUUUAGUGAAUGGAGGAAAAUUUUACUCUUCCUGGGGUGUUUAGUGAAAGUGCAUUAAAGGUGCAAGCUGUGCUGUAAAGUUUGCGAGAUAUGUUAACAAAAUUGUGUUUUAAGUGUUGACAGCAGGCUAAAUUGUCGGUUAUUCAACAAUUUUAUAAAAAUAAUUCAUGUGUCGUUUCAACAGUGAACUAGCCUUACUAGCCACUGAAAACAGCGUGCACUAGUGGGUGGAAAACAUAUUGUUAAGCUUUAUUUUUGUAUAAAGUGAUAGCGACAAGCGAUGAUUAGUGAUAGUGAUUCAAUGUGAAAACAAUAAAUACUUAAUUGGUGUACAUUAAUCAUCUCUUUAAGAUAAAUACAAAAUGGCCGGCGAAUGGGACAUCAAUGAUGCGCACAUCCCGUUCAUCCAGGAGCUGACGUACGAGAAGUUCAACGAAUGGGCCGACGGCCACGUGCGGCACGUGUACCACCCGACGGACGAUCACGCCCGCAAGCACAUCUCGGGCUGGGCGAUGCGCAAUACGAACAACCACAACGUAAGCAUCCUGAAGAAAAGCUGUCUCGGUGUGCUCAUCUGUACCGCGCGCUGUAAGCUACCGAACGGGGGCCAAAUCAAUCUGCGUCCCGCCAUCUGUGAUAAGGCACGCCGGAAGCAACAGGGACGGGCCUGUCCCAAUCGGCACUGCAAGGUGGGUCGGUUGGAGGUGCUGCCGUGCCGUGGACACUGUGGCUAUCCCGUCACGCACUACUGGCGUCACACGGAGAAAGCCAUCUUCUUUCAGGCGAAAGGGAACCAUGACCAUCCGAAGCCGGAAUCAAAGACGUCCGGUGAAACGAGAAAGAUGAUUGGAGCGACGGGCAACGGCACGAAGGGUGCGGCGGCCAAGAGUAAGAAGUUGUCCGUGCUGUUGCUUCGAGAUGCGGCACUGGGGAAUAAGCUAAUGUCGCUGAAAGCAUCGAGUAAGGUGAAUGGUGGCACUACGGGUUCGGAAAUACUUCAGCCACCUCCACUGAUUCCUGACCCAAGUUAUGAAGACUCUUCCAAGUGCUCAACGUGCACGCGUACACCGUGCGUUUGUAGGACCAAGCUUGGAAUCAACUCGUCGGCUUCUUCUCUCACAAGAUCUUCCGAAGGAAUCGCCGGAACCGGUGCAUUCUUCGAUCCGUCUAAUGCGCAUCAUACGCCCCUCCAGAAUCAUCUCCACUCCAGUACAACUUGGCAAUCGUACGAAUCGACCGUUGAGUCCUUCACACCGUCCUCCGGUAACGAAACCGCCAGUGGCCCUGCAAAUGGCUCCUGCGCAUCCAGCUUAAUGAACGAGUGCUUCCAUCCGGAGGAAAUCUUUCAACUAGAUCAGCCCCUUCGUCAACAGCAACAGCAGCAUCAACACCACACCAGUGGCAAUGGAAGUUCAUCGGGUCUGGUGAAUCAACAUGCUACGACAACUCCGACCACUCUGCUCGACCUUGGUAGUGGAGCUAUCUACAAGAAAUGUAAUCAAAUAAGUCCCGAAUACAUAUUUGGUACGACACCGGCUGGUGGUGAACCGAUUGCUGGAACGUAUUCCAAUCAAUCCUGCUCCUAUGUACCGUCCACAAACGAAAGCUGUAGCGCACCGGUAUCUUCCGAUCAUCACCUCGGGAAAUACUUUGCAAACGAUUCGGGUUAUAGUAAUCUUCCGCAUGAAGACAGCUCCUCCAAGGAUGUCCUAAGAUACAUCAAGAAAGAGGUUGGCUCUACCCCUAUCGGGAAGGCUACACUCGCGGACACCUCCCUAAGUGUGUCACGAUCGCGACAGUACGAUUGUGAUCAAAAUCAAUACAAAAAAUCGUCCUACACCUCCUACCGAGGGACAUCCACCGGUGGGACCUACUUUAGCAACAGUAUCAACAAUAAUAGCAGCAGUAUCGUCAAUAACAACAACAACAUCCCUUCGGUGGGGCCACACAGCAAACAGGCAAAUUACGACCAUCUAAUAACAAACGAGGCUACCGUCAAUUAUGGUUAUCACUCUUCGGACCUCACCACAUCACCCGGUGGCCAUACGAACGCGACCUUCCCAGAGCAGUCGUACAGUACGAGCAGUUGCAGCUACAUGAACUCAUCUCUAGGAGGCGGGCAAAACAACCAGGAGGCACACUAUUCCUAUGCUGCCGGUGAUAAUUACCGGUUUGGGAGCAAUUACGUGAAAGGAUCGUCCCUGGCGCCCAUCCACGGUGGCACAUCGUUUCAAGCGUCCUCCAUGCAACAGAUGCAUCCAGAGCUACCGUUGGCGGCGUACGAUUUCUACUAGUGAUCGACACGGGAAAAGGGGAAAGCCAAGUGCGUGUGAUGUGC